GAAAAUCUGUAGCAAAACAAAACAGUUGAGAGGUUUCUCAGUACAAAGUUGAUUACAGUGAGUGGCAAUCUGCAUCGCAGUUGAAUCAUCGUUAUCAGAUCAAAAUCUGUGCCGCGCCGCUUGACAAUAGAAAAUGAUCCAAUACGUGCUCUUGGUGUCGCUCUGCCUGCUGGUGCUGAGUGCGGACCGGGCGGACGCUUCUUCCGGUAUGGGCUUUGCCGACACGGUUGCACUAAUUCUUGGCCUCGCCCUAGGUACCGUCGGGAUCCUGGCCUGCCUCGGACGCUAUGCUCGCCGGCUCCGUGCCGAACAGUUCUAAUCUAUAAUCCACCAGUCAAUCACGUCAACCGGAAGGUUUCUUAGGUUUAAGGGGUUAGAUUGUAAGUAAGUUAGUUUAUAGUUAUGAGUAUCCUCCGGUUAUCUACGAGGCCGGUGGCGAUUGGCGCAAGGUUCCUAGGAGGAAUCCGACCAGAUCUGGGAUGGUAUCCAGAAAGAAGCGAGACGAGGAGAUGCCUCUCGAUGGACAGUUCCGUGGCUGGAUUGUGGGGCUCGCUUUCCAACAGUACUCCGGUGGCAUACUGCCAGCAGGCCCUAGUGGAUCUGCAUGACCUCAGCGGGCUGCCUUGGUGGGCGUCAAUCAUUCUAUCCACCGUGUUGGUCCGGACCGUGGUGACAAUGCCGCUGGCCAUCUAUCAGAACAAAAUUGUGGCCCGGCUGGAGAAAAUUUCGCUCGAGAUGCCUGAAAUAGUGAAGCAGCUAAAAAUGGAAACAGCCGUUGCGAUGAAAAAGUUCCACUGGAGCGAGAAGGAGGCCCGGAUCAUGUACAAUCAUUCGCUUAAAAAGCAGUGGAAUAAUCUAGUCGUGCGAGAAAACUGCCAUCCAGCCAAAACCAUGAUCCUUCUUUGGGGACAAAUCCCACUGUGGGUUAUGAUGUCGGUGUCGAUACGAAAUAUGGUGCACAUGCUGCCGGAUCCCAGUUCGAUUGAAGCUCAAAUAACAUUCACCGAACUGACCCUCGGCGGGUUCGGUUGGAUUCCCAAUCUGACCGAAGUGGACCAAUCACUGAUUCUUCCGGUGGCUAUGGGAUUGAUCAACCUAACGAUCAUUGAGAUCCAAAACCUUGUUCGAACACGUGAGCCUUCAAGGUUGCAGAAAAUCUUCACCAACAUGUUCAGAGGUUUGAGCGUUCUGAUGAUACCCGUUGCUGCCACGGUUCCAUCGUCCCUCUGUCUAUACUGGGUCACCUCGAGCGCCUGUGGCCUGGGUCAGAACCUGCUGCUGAUGUCGCCCCGCUUCAAACGACUAGUUGGAGUCCCACAAGUUCCCUCGGAAAUCGCCCGGCCUUAUCAGCACAUUAAGGCAACAUUUUCCACUAGAAUCGACGGUCUAUUGGCUAAGGUAGGUUUAGGUCCCAAAUGAUACAAAAAAGAGUUGUGAAGCUCCGCAUCUUAUUGAAUUGUGUGUAAAAUAGUAAAAAAAAGUUAUUUUAUUCUUGUAAAACGGUAA